AUGUCGACGACUCGCAGGCGACAACCGAGGUUGGUAGACCUCCCCAGAGAGAUAUGGCAAUACAUCGCUCUCGAAGUCGUCGCAGCUGUCUUAGCCGAGCAAGACUCUCACCGUUCUUUACCAUUUCCUGACAGCCUCCUUCCUAAUUUGGAAGGUUCUACACGUCUGGGGCGCUCGGACUCGAUCGGGAUGAACCCCGCGCCUCUAUGGGAUGAAGGAUUGUCGCCCAUGGACUGCACCUGUAGCGACGGAUGGCUCAGUGGGCAGACUCAACACUGUUACUCGGACCCAGACUACCCGCCACACCGGAACUCAUCCAUUCUCGCAUUGCUCGCCAUCUGUCGCGAGCUUCGGGAGCCGCUCAUUGGUUUCCAAGCCCUUUGGGCACAAAUUGCACUCAUGUUCCCACAAUUUCUGCCCGACUCCCUCAUUUGGGCCGGCAAUAACCCAAACCAUCCCCUUCGUCUGGAGACUCUACAUGGGCUGUGCUCUUGCGUACUCCCCAUGAUAGUAACUCGCGCGCACCGCGCCACUCAUAUACGCCUCGCCAUACCCCUCAAACGAUCUUAUGGCACGCAUCCCUCUGACCAGAUAUUCAACUUGCUCAGAGAUGGCCCCAACCGGGGGAGACUCCUGCACGCCGAAUUUCGCUACGACCCUUACUACGCAGGCAUCAGCGAGAUCGCUUUCACGCGCUUCGCACCAAGACGGUUACCCGGACUCCUUUCAUUCACUGGAGUCAAUAAUCCCGAGAUCGGCUUUAGUGACGUCUUGACCAAGCUCGAACUCGCCUCUCUGACAGAGGACAUGACAUUCCCUGUCGACUUCGUAUCAUCAGUGUUGCGCAAAUGUCAUCUGCUUGAGCACCUCGUUCUCCAGAUGGUGCUUGAUGACCCGUCAGACACCAUCGUGAACACGAGGCCCAUCCGUCUAAUGCACCUCAAAUUCUUCCUUCUGUGCGACACCUGGGAAUACUGGGACUAUAUCAAAGUCAGGCUGGCAUGCCCGGCGUACACGUCCAUACAUCCAGACAUUGUGAUAGACGAUCCAUUCUGGCUCAACAACGGCUACCGCGGGUUUGCUCGCGCAGUCACUCGGGAGUGUUUCGGCAGUCGCCUCAUUCCAUGCGACGUCGUUAUACUCGAUUGUCACCGUGGAAGCCCACCAUCAGGCGUCUUGGAAUACAUACGCUUCACGUUCGCGCAGACAGAGGCAGCGGCCUGGGCCGAACGAGACCCUUCGAACCUUGCGGCACGAUUAUCAUUAACGUUUCGAUUCCAAUCGAUCGCAAUCCAGAAACGAUACCCUCCCAAUGUCAGCUCAUGGCGCAACUUCGAGCUGAAUGCGGAUCACGAACGGAUUAUCAGUGAUGUCUUGCUCGGUAUAUCCGAGGGCGCGGUGACUUACACAGGCCUGGAGGAGCUAGAGAGCACUCACACCUUCAUUCAGAAGGGGGACGGUGGAAGCCGGCACCUGGACACUUGUGGAGACCUAGCAAACCUGUUUCCCAACCUCCAGUCGAUAGUUCUCCAUGGCGUUACAAACCCUAGUUAUCCGGCUGUCUGUAAUCUGGUAGCCGAACUGGCACGACCGGCCGCAACAUGGGGAGCUUUGGAACGUGUCCGAUUACCUGAUUGGGCCUGGUCUGAUGUUAUGUGGGGGGAAUAUAAUGCACGCAUCCAGGAGCAGGACCCGGAUAGACCCGGUGGAGUUAUUGAAUGGUCAACGUAG